CUUCCAUAUCCGGUUGGACAACAUUGACCUGCACAAAUCAAUUAUUUGGCCGGUCGAACCAUAGCCGCGCUCUUCCGCUUCCCGGCCGCUUCCUCCUCGUUCUCUCCUUCUAGUCGAUUCCCCGAACGAUUUCUUCUACCCUCACCCAACAGCCGCACUUGCUGGUUUCCGCAUCGUCCGUCUCUCCUGCACGACCAAAAGGGUUUUGAUUCGGCACCCCCUACCUGAGAAGUGACUAGCUUAUUCGUUGUAGUAAAUUGAAUUGACUGCAGAUUAUGGAGAAGCAAAAUGGAGAGAAGUCACUUACGAGAGAAGCGUAAAGAAGCUAGAAAGGAGACGAAGCAGAGAAAAAAUGAAUCUUGGUUGGCACAUCAGAAAUCGAAAGGCCUCAAGAAAGCUAAGCAAUUAAAGACAAAGUCCGCGAAAUCGAAUAAAUCAGAGGCGAAGAGUUUGAAAGAGAGAUCAGGUGGAAAGGUAGCUCCUAACUUGUUGAUUGAACGGGAUUUACAGAGAAAGAGUACGAAAGGGAAGGUGAAAGAUUCUGUUGUCGCUCGAGGGAAUGUAAAAGAAAAGGAUAGUUUGAAGAGAAAAUCACAAACAGGGUUUGAAGAGUUUCUUCAAAUAGAAAUGCAAAAUAAGGAAUUUUUGGCACAUGAAGAUUUGGAAGUUGAGAAAAGGCUUGCUAAGAAACUUAAGGUCAAGGAUAAAAUGCUGAGGGGCAUGGAUGAUGGUCUUAAUGAUCUUCUCGGAGGCAUGCCAUCUGCGUUCGAAUCUUUCAAUGAAGAAGAUGUCUCAGAUGGUGAAGCUUACUCCACUGGGAAUAUACAGGAUGAUAGUUCUGCCAGCGAAAGUGAAGAGGAUACCUCUGCUGAAGAUACAGAAGAAACCCACUCUGAAGAUGUUGCAGAAUCUGAUAUGUCGGAACCAGUAGACAACGAGGUGGAACAUGAAGAAGCUGGCUCCGAGAUAUCUUCAUGCAAGAGACGCAGGAGGAGAAAGAAAUCAAAGCAGAGCCAAGAAGGUGAAAUGCCAAGUAACACAGAAAAUAGAGAUUCCGGUGGAGAAUCAGUUGACGUAGGGGGUGAAUUGAAGGAGGCUGUCGAUGUCUCUGCACCACUGGUUGGUGUGAAGUAUAUUGCUCCCCAUUUGAGAUCUCGAGCUGGAGAUGAGUCUGAAGAUCAUACUCAAAUCCGAAGACGAGUUCGCGGUCUACUGAACAGGUUGUCUGAGUUCAAUAUAGAAUCCAUUACUGGGGAAAUGGCUACGAUAUUUAGAUCUCUCAGCCGCAGUGUCAGUACUCAAAUUAUCAGUGGCGAGGUGUUGGCUGCAUGUUCUGGUGGCCCCCGUGGCAAUGAACAGUACGCUGCUGUUUUUGCCGCAUUUGUUGCAGGCAUGGCCUAUUCUGUCGGGCAGGAUUUUGUUGCAAAACUCAUGGCUUCACUCGCUACAUCUUUUGAGGUUGUGCAUUGUACGCUUUAGAUGGAGCUACAUUGUUACUGUUCUAAUGUUUGUCUCUGAUGGUUCCCUUAUUUACCUAAGUGUUUUGAGCAUUGAAGUUUUAUUUCGAGGAUUCACUUCUCUUACUGCUGAAGAUCUAACAUGGUAAAUGAUGUCGUUCUGGUUGCAGGACGAGUACCGUAAAGAAGACAAUCUUUCUUUGAGAAACCUCACUCUAUUGCUCUCCUAUUUAUAUAUUUUUGGAGUUUGCUCAAGUGAUUUGAUAUACGACUUUUUGAUCAUGUUGAGCAAGCGGUUGACAGAGGUUGAUGUUUCCACCAUCUUGACUGUUUUGCAAUGCUGUGGGAUGAAAAUAAGAGGAGAUGACCCUGCUGUCAUGAAAAACUUCAUUCAGACUGUUCAGAAUAGGGUUCAUGAGCUGAAGGCUUCAUCUACUGAAGAACAGGAAAAAAUCAACGGCAAAAGGAUGGAAUUCAUGCUUGAAACCAUAUGCGACAUAAAAAAUAACAAGAAGAGGUCUCAUGGAGAAACUUCAGAACACACCCGGAUCAAGAAGUGGCUGCAAAAGUUGAGCGCUGAAGACAUCCUGCUUCGAGGACUUAAAUGGAGCAAGCUGCUCGAUCCUCACAAGAAGGGUCAGUGGUGGUUGUCCGGUGAUGUUGCUGGUAAAGCUGAUGAUGCUGAAAAAGUUGCAAAUACAAUUGACAAAGAGGUGCUGGAGGCUCAAAGCAUGCUGCAGCUUGCCGCUGCUCAGAGGAUGAAUACUGAUACAAGAAAGGCAAUCUUCUGUAUCAUAAUGAGUGGAGAGGAUUACGUGGAUGCCUUUGAGAAGCUUCUGAGAUUAGAUCUGCCGGGGAAGCAGGACAGGGAGAUUAUGCGGGUUCUCGUUGAGUGCUGUUUACAGGAGAAAGUCUUUAACAAGUAUUACACUGUUUUGGCCGCCAAACUGUGUGAACAUGAAAAGAACCACAAGUUCACAAUGCAGUUUUGCAUUAGAGACCACUUCAAAGAGCUGGAAUCAAUGUCACUUCAGAGGUCAAUGCACCUAGCCAAGUUUGUAGCAGAGAUGGUUGCUUCUUUUGUGCUCUCCCUUUCAGUAGUCAAGACCAUCGACUUUGAUGACGCUGCACAGCUAACCCCCAAAAGGAUCAUGCAUUUCCGGAUGUUGUUUGAGUCGAUAUUCGAGUACCCUGGUAAUACCGUUUGGAACACUUUUACUCGCUUAGCAGGCGAUGAAGAACUGGAACCACUUCGUAUUGGAAUGGAGUUCUUCAUCAAGGAGUAUGUAGUGAAACCUAACAAGGCCCUCGCUACCAAAUUCAAACUUGCCAAAAGGGCCCUCAAUAAUGUGGAAAGGGUUCUCAUGUGAGUCUCCAGCAUUAUGCAUUGUUCUGUUCAUGUUCGGUUGCGCUGUUGCAUCGAAGUUGAAAAAUUUUGUGGCGUCGAGUUGUGAAGUUCAGAUCAGAUGAAUUAUGUUGUGAGGAGAUCGAAAUCGUUGUAAAACCUUUAUUGAUACUGAUGAAAAUUUUGUAGAAUAUUAAUGCCGAGGAAAUUUUUGGCCAUGAUAUGUUCUGAUUUAUGCA